AUGGUUGACCCCACUCAUAUUUCCCGCAUUCUCCAUAACCACCCAAACCAAGUUCGAGAAAUUCCUUUCAUUCCAGCUGAUCGAGAGCUACGGGCCUACGUUGAAGCUUACUCGCUCGACAGAACGCCCAUUACCAUUCAAAGCCCCCUAGAAGGAAGUAGUCGAGAAUGGAAAGCGAAGAUUAAGGGUGUAUCGAUGAAGAAAGUGCACGAAAUCACUCGAUUGGCGUCGUAUAUUCACUCUCUUCCUUCAAAUAUAUCGCGAGACUAUGUCGUGGAUGUGGGGAGUGGCCAGGGUUAUCUCCAUCGCGUAUUAACAGCUAAGGCAAUCCUAGCCUUAGAUUCAGACGAAUAUCAGACAACUGGGGCUGAGGCGAGAGAGAAAGUUACCGACACCAGAGGAAGAGUCACACACAAAACCCUGGAUAUCGCUCCAGACAGUCUAAUCACGGCUAUAGACGAAUGGGUUGAAUCUUUUUCGCCGGAUACUUCGCCAGAAGAACGGAUUCCAGUUCUAAUGGUAGCAUUGCACGCAUGUGGGUCGCUUCAUAUCGACGCGUUUCAGGCUUUCAUUCGUGCCGACCGCGAAGGCACCAGAGAUCGUCGCUGGCACUUCUCCGCCGCAGUCACCGUUCCUUGUUGUUACAACCUUCUACGUCCCGACCACUUUCCUAUUUCUUCCCAAGGAGAUGCUUUACUGCACGGGUUUGGCCUCCCAAACCCGCUUCCAGCAAGCGCGUAUCACCUUGCCGCACAGGGAAAGUUGGAAGAAAGAAAUAAGCAGAAAUGGGAGUUGGGAGUUCGUAAGGUCAUUUGGAGGGCUUUGGUCGGUCCUAUAUUGGGAGAUGCUGCCACUUUCAUGGCUUCUCCGAUACUAGCAGGGGUUGGCACAAGGGAGUUCAUAGCACCAAGCGAAUUCUCAGCCUACAAGAAUGCAAAAGCACCUACACCAAGAAGGAAUUUAAGAACUAUAGCUGCGCCUACCUUUCGCUCACUCACCACUUCCAUCGACCCAUCAGAUUCAACUUCUCGUUCUCCUGCAACUGAAAAUGAGUUUGACAUAGGGAAUGAUACAUCGAACACUGGCACCUCGGUACUUUUUCAACGUCUUGGGAAGCUGCCAAAUUCAGCGUACGAGAGCUGGGACCUUUUCAUGCAGCAUGUGGAGGAGCGACUCUACUCCUCGCGUGACACCUCAAAUUCUUCAUGUCUUGGUUGCCACGUAUCUGAAUCAUCAAAUCUCAUCCAAAACAAACUUCCUCGUUCCCAUUCAUUGUACUCAGAUGCGUCCGAUCCCCCGAAUUCUGCACGCGCUCGGGAGCUAGAACGGCUACAUUUGGCACGUUGUUCCCUUGGAUCAGUGGUUGAGAGUGCUAUCCUGAAGGAUCGUCAAAAGUGGAUUGAAGAGCAACUGGCGGAAUCGUCGGUGACCUGGGAAAUUAGCCUCGUGUCUCUUUUCGAUCAGAAGAUGGGCAGCGCGAGGAAUAAUGGGAUUGUUGUCAUCCCCAAAUCUGCGUAA